AUGCCACUUUUUGUUGAAGCGGACGAGCUUGCCGAAGAUCGCAAGACAAACGACAGGAGCAGCGAUGUGCCACCCACAUACCUACCCGGAUACCCAGCAAAAACUCUCCAGAACCCAGGCGAGAUUCAGGGUUUUUUAAAGACAGAGUUCUACUGCGAUGACCUGGAAAAGAUGGCUCCGUACCUCUGGAUCAUGACCACAUCCUGUAGCAGCAAUAUCAAUUGCUUACACCGUCAGAAGGUGAAGGACCGCGAUAUUGUCAUAACAGAAGACCCUCGACUGCAUAUGGUAUGGAUACACAAUAGAAAUUUCAUCAAGCCUCUGCCCCGGUACCUAUGCUGGCAUUUCAUCUGGUCCAAUUUCCUCGAUGCUCCACAGGACCAGACCAAGGACCCCAUGAUCAAUACCCGCAAGGCUGCGCUAGGAUUCGUCCGGUCUUACUAUCAUCUCAUACGAUACGAAUCAGACUUCCGAAUAGCCCAAGAGAAAGGCCUAGUGCCAUCUGAUGCAACCUGGGGGCAAUUCUGCCGGUUUACUUCUGCGCUUCACGGCAUCGAGGACGACAUGGUCUCGCCCCGCUACCGCUACGGAGAGCUCAGAUUGACCCGGCUGAACUUCUACGCUCCUUUACUUCUACGCAAAUUCAAUUACGAGCAGCUCCACGGACAGUGUGGUGACUUCUUUGGGCGGCUAUUUGGACCAGUACUUUUCAUCUUCGCCCUGGUCUCGACAAUCCUCAAUUCAAUGCAGGUCGGUCUGGCCGUCGAGCAGCUGAUCGGCGUAGGGGCGCAAUGGACGAAGUUCUGGCAUCUGUGUCGCUGGUUCAGCAUCGUCAGUCUUGCAGGAACUAGCCUGGCUACGACGUGCUUCGCUGCACUUUGGCUCUGGAUGUUCGUAGAUGAGUGGAUAUACACACUUCGACGCAGGUUCAAGGAAAGGCGGGCUACUCGCGUGAUGCCUAGUUGUUGA